AAUAAUCUCUCUUUGGAGUUUCUCUCAUGCUUGGCUAUUCCGUGUAUCGACAAUUUCAUGUAGUAUUUCAUGUCAGAAAUGCACCAAUUUCUUUAUAAAAAGAUUGAUAAUACAUUUUGGUGAUUCUUCUUUCAGUCAGGUGGUGCAAGCUGCGCUGCUGUGGCCAUUACAAGUUUAUCCCAUCCUUCUCUGUCUGAUUUUGCUUUGGUUGCCUCUGACAGCUUUUUCCCUGCCCAUAUGUAUAUGUUUUUCAACCAGGAAAUAGCAGGUCUGCCUCUUCUUCGCCUGGUUUCCACUGUUCCUGUUAUAAGGGACUUUCCAAGACCAUCUCUCCUUUCUACAUAGCCAACAAACUGCAGUUUCCUUCUGGCAAAACUCUUUAGGUGUAACAUAUCUGUACCCAGCUUGCCCAGCACCCAUCCGUUUGUUCUUCUGUCUGUCCACGCAACCCUCAUUAUUCGCCGAUACACCCACAUUUCAAACGCAUCUACUUCUAGUCAUGGCCCAUGUCUCACGUCCGUUCUUAGCAAAGGGAAUAUCAAUGCUAUCUUUAACUGUAUACUAUUAUUUCCCCAGCUUCUCCAGAUAUUCGUCGAUUUCUCCUGAUAUUCGCCAUUUCUGAGUUGUAUUCCUUGCAAUUGAUAAUCUCCUUUUGAUUUCUUUCUCACUUCAUCCUUUAGCACUAACAGAUGGUUCCAGGGCCCUGUAUGACAAAGAGUUGAUAUCAAUCGCAACUUAUUUGCGAUUGAUAUUAAUCGUAACAAUGUUCAUACAAGAUCGGAGACUAAAAACUUGCGAUUGAUUGGAGGAUUUGGAUCAAUCGCAACUCUUUGUAAGACGGGGCCCAGUUACAUGAAAGCCAUGACUUCAUCAGUUUUUUUCUCCAUCCAAAAUAAAGUCAUUACAAUCUCUUCGAUUACUGUCUAUUAGUAUUAUCUAACUGUGGCUGAAGGUUUUGAAGGUGGAGUGAAAAUUGGAGGACAGAGAAGGCACAAUCUCAGGUAUGCAGAUGAUACAACUUUAACAUCACCAGCAGGGAGGAGCUGCCAGACAUGCUGAGAAGAACAGGCCAGUUAUGAAAAGAAUCUCCUCUUAAACACAUAGAAGACAAAUAUAUUAGUAAUUUUGGUAUUAGGCCAGCACAAAUUAUCUUGUAAUGUAGUCACUCUAGGGAGUAGGCAAUGAACGGACUAGAAACAGAUAAAAGAGAUUCGGGAUGAAGAAAAGUAAAAUUGAAAAAAGUAAGACGGCGGUAAAGAGAAAGGGUAAAUUUUGCCAAAAUUUGUUUAACAUAUUUUAAAUGAUGUACCGCACAUCUUAGUUUUGUAAUAAUUGACUGUAAUUUUGAUUAUUUCUUCAUCAACGACAUCAGAUGGAAUAUGAAUGGGUUCAUUUAGAUUCAGACAGCACCAACUUAAGUAGAUCUAAUUAUAUUUCACUGUACCUUUGUAGCACGUUACUCAAUAUACCUCUGAAUAUUGUCUAAUUUGAUGUGCUAAACUGAUUUCGUCGAUGUCAUUCCCCUUUAAUAUAUCAUAAUAAAAAAAGGCCGUUUGCUAAUAUUUUAACCUAUUAUCAAACUUAACGCUGACAGAUUUAUAGUUUUAAUUCUGAAAUUAUUAUAAUGUGCUUAAUUUAUCUUCGUCAUUAUUUAGUUGUUAGAAUGGAUACAGUUGUUCAAUAGAUUUUUGAUGAAACCAUUUCGCUAUUCACCCCCGAACGGAUUUUAACGAGUGUGCUAGCGGGCCUUGUGAUAAUGGUGGUAUAUGUCCCAAUGGCUUCAAUUUAUACACCUGCGAUUGCCCAUCUGGUUUCUCUGGACUCAGGUCUGAAGUCAGAGGUGCUUCUGGCUGUGAAUGUUAUUAGGCGCUUCAUCAAGGAUUGUGACGUGUGCUGCAUAAUAUUUCAGUUUGUGUAAUUAAGCAAUACAGUGUUCCAAGAUGGACGUUGUACCUCCAUUGACCAUCCUGGUAACCACUGGAUACCUCUUGAUGCUCUUCUUCAACUGGCAGUCAUCGAUCGGACCAGACUCUGAGUUCUCUUUGGGUUUCUUUCGCUCCACGGUCGGAAACCGGUCGGACGAGUUCCCGUCCCCUAUAGGCCCUGCAGGGUACACAUUCGCUAUCUGGGGUGUCAUCUAUUCAGGAACAGGGACCUGGAUCAUCUACGUUAUCACGACCCUGUUCAGAACCAAUGCCAAGGGACCUGUCUAUCUUAACCCUCCUACUACCAGUCCAGCAUUCUUGGUUUCAAUCAUGCUCGAAUUCACUUUCAAUGUUACCUGGUUGUUCUGUUUUGAUCGAGAAGUGAAGAUCUUGAGUCAAAUCGUAUUCGUAUUGCAAAACGUCUGCCUGUAUGUUGCUAUUAGUAUAUCCGCUGCUAGGGUAUAUCAGUAUCUCUUUGUCUUCAAGGAAUACGGGAAAUUGGACUUGUGGUUUAACCGCAUCCUGAUUCACAACGGACUAGCUAUCUGGGCUACAUGGGUUACUGUCGCUUCUAAAGUCGGUAUCUCUACAACACUUCUAUUCGUGUUUGGAGUGGAUGAAGAAACAACCGUCUAUGUAUGUUUAGGCAUCCUGGCUUCUCAGCUCAUCACCUAUUUUAUCUUGGAUUGUUUCGUCUACGAUCGCUACUUUCGAUACAUUCUCAUCGUCUACCCUACAGCGAUGUGGGCUUUAGGUGGUAUCCUAGUCGAAAACAUUGACAAACCUACCAGUCCACAGGCUGUCUUAACCUCUACGCUCUUCGCUAUCGUCUUCGUCUUCUUCGUCGUUAAAACCAUCCUCGUCAUCGUUCGCAAUCCCGUAUACGUGAUCGCUAAGCAGAAGAAAGCCGACGAUGUCGCCUAUUCAAGAAUGGUUUAGUGACACGGAAAUGAGCCAUCAAUCGCAUAUUUUCAGUCUAUUUUCUUCCUUUUUUUAAAGAAUGAAAUAUCAUGCUAAUACUUGAAAAUCCAAUCUAAAGUAAUCGUUUCUGUUUUACAUCACAGUGAUUUUGCUGGUUCACUUUCAUUGAAUCCUUUUAAAUAAUAGAGCUUACUCAGUGAUUGAGAUUGUAUUCUCAGAAUUUAAUUUAAUCUCGAAUUUUUAAAGUAAAUGUAAUUUUGCAUUGGACAUUCGAUUCCAUAAUGAUUUAAACAAACAAAAAAUCACUGUUGAUCAUACAGUAUGUAACGUUACCAUUUGUUACCGAAUAAUUUAGUUUGAAUAUUGACUGAAAUGCAUAUGUUAACGAGAUACAUUUUAUGAGAUUAAAACAUGAAUGAUAUCACGGUCAUCACACAUUUUAAAUGAUA